CCACGCUCGCUUAGGGUAGCCACGCGCCGCCGCAGUAGCAAGGGUCUAGCGGCGGGGUAGGAAGCUGCUGUCGCUGGCGCUAGCUUCUGGGGUGUGAGGGCCGAUCGUGCAACUGGUUGGUGCAGAGGCCCCCGCCGCGGCCUCAGGUCCCUGCACGUGCUUCCGGUAGCAACAUGGAGCUGGAGGAGUUGGGGAUCCGGGAGGAAUGUGGCGUGUUCGGGUGCAUUGCCUCGGGAGUGUGGCCCACGCAGCUCGAUGUGCCGCAUGUGAUCACUCUGGGACUCGUGGGGCUGCAGCAUCGGGGUCAGGAAAGUGCUGGUAUUGUAACCAGUGACGGAAAUUCGGUGCCAACAUUCAAAACUCACAAGGGAAUGGGUCUUGUAAAUCACGUCUUUACGGAAGACAGUUUGAAGAAAUUGUAUGUUUCAAAUCUUGGAAUUGGUCACACAAGGUACGCUACUACAGGAAACUGUGAAUUAGAAAAUUGUCAGCCCUUUGUUGUUGAAACACUUCGCGGGAAAAUAGCUGUGGCACAUAAUGGCGAAUUAAUAAAUGCUGCUCAACUAAGGAAAAAGCUCCUGGGUCGUGGUAUUGGUCUGUCGACAAGUUCUGAUAGCGAAAUGAUUACUCAGUUACUGGCAUAUACUCCUCCUCAGGAACAAGAUGAUACCCCAGACUGGGUAGCAAGGAUUAAAAACUUAAUGAAUGAAGCUCCCACAGCAUACUCCCUGCUUAUAAUGCACAGAGAUGUUAUCUACGCAGUACGAGAUCCUUAUGGAAAUCGCCCUUUAUGCAUUGGUCGUCUUAUUCCUGUUUCUGAUAUAAAUGUUAAAGAGAAGAAAUCCUCAGAAACUGAAGGAUGGGUGGUAUCAUCAGAGUCUUGUAGUUUUUUAUCUAUUGGUGCAAGAUAUUUCCGUGAAGUCUUGCCUGGAGAAAUUGUGGAAAUAUCCAGACGUGGUGUCAAAACUCUUGAUACUAUACCAAGGCCUGAAGGAAACCCAAUGGCUUUUUGUAUCUUUGAGUAUGUUUAUUUUGCAAGACCAGAUAGCAUAUUUCAAAGUAAGUUAAAUUUAUUUUCUUUAGAUACUGAUAUAUCUCUCUUACUUAUUACAACAGCNCCUGUGGAUGCAGAUAUGGUUAGCACUGUCCCAGAAUCUGCUACACCUGCUGCUCUUGGUUAUGCCACAAAGUGUAGACUUCCAUAUGUGGAGGUGUUGUGUAAAAACCGCUAUGUAGGAAGAACCUUCAUUCAGCCCAACAUGAGGUUAAGACAGCUUGGUGUUGCAAAAAAAUUUGGAGUAUUGUCCGACAACUUUAAAGGCAAAAGAGUUGUUCUUGUGGAUGAUUCAAUUGUGAGAGGCAAUACCAUCUCACCCAUAAUAAAAUUGCUCAAGGAAUCUGGUGCAAAAGAGGUACAUGUUCGCGUAGCUUCACCACCAAUUAGAUAUCCAUGUUUCAUGGGAAUAAACAUACCAACAAAAGAAGAACUUAUUGCCAAUAAACCAGAAUUUCAGCGUCUUCCAGAAUAUCUAGGAGCAAACAGUGUUGCAUAUCUGUCAGUAGAAGGACUGGUUUCAUCUGUACAAGGAGAGAUAAAGUUUAAAAAGCAGGGAGUGAAAAAGCAAGAUAUUAUGAUUCAAGAAAAUGGAAAUGGUCUGGAAUGUUUUCAAACUAGUGGUCAUUGUACAGCUUGUCUCACUGGGAACUACCCUGUGGAACUGGAAUGGUAGUUCAAGAAUGGAGUUCUUGAAGUUUCAGGUCAAAGCUGAUGGAGAAGUUACAGUAGUUACCUAUUCAUUUUUUAUUACUCAGUUGGUACAGUAUAAAAUGCUAUUUGUUUAUCAUUUGCCUUUAUAUGGUUUUGAGGUUUUUUUUCCUGAAGAGAGUACCAAAGUGCUGUUCGUUCUUUAAUAAAUCCUAGAUAUAUAUUUUGGCAUUAUCUAGGAACUUGGACGAUCUUCAGUUUUAUCUAGUAGUUUAGUAGAGGCUGCCAGUUAUGAUAUCCUAUAUCUUUAGGAUGAGAUCAUCAGUCGUACAAAGAACAGAGGGAUUUUUAGAGGGAAUUGCCAGGUACAAAAUUCUCAGAAUUUUGUCCAAUAUUUUUUGAGUUUCUAAAAUUCAGUUAUGGAAUAUUUUCAUAAUUGAACUCGCUAAUUGUGUAGAAUACAAUAACAUUUGAUAUUCUUUUUUACACAAGCAUUGGCUAAUCCUUUCCACUUUUUCAGAGAAGGCAAGUGGUUUUGUGGUACUUGCCAGGCCUAUGCUUUAAAGAGUGCAAAAGAUGAGGCACAGAUGUGUAUAGUGCAAACUGGAUAUGUGAGGUAAAUACUGCAGUUUAUGCAAAGCUUGACUCCAGUAUACCUCAAAGGUAGCUAAUGUCUAGAGUUCUCAUUAUAGUUAUGAGCUUGGCUUUCCUAUCUAACCCUAGAUAAAUCUUUUAAGAGAAGAUAACCUUCUUGAGUGCCUCACUUUGUCCACCUGUAUGUAUAAUGGGACACUUAUGUUAUUAAAUAAUUAAGUGAAUGUGUCAUGGGUCACUAUUUUACUCCUAAUUUUUAAGAUAGAGCAUGAUUAUUAGUUUUUGGGAUGUUGACUGUCAAUAAUCGAGAAUCUCUUAAGACAGAGAUAUGUAGUUUGGCAGCCCUUUCCCAUCUUUUUGAGAUGCCCUAGAAUGGUUAUAAAAACAUGUCUGUUAAAAAAAUUUUUAUGUUCAACAGUAUGAUACAUACUACUUAGUGUAAGUAUGGCAAGUAACUUAGUCACUUGAAAUAAAAGUCAAAUUUUAGAUUCUAACAGGCCUUUUAUUUUUAAUUUGAUUAAUUAUAUACUUUUUCAAAGUGAAGUGCUUCAUCACUUGCAAGCAUAUAUUCAUAUGUAAAUAAAUAUGUAUCACUGAAAUUAAAUGGUCCAGUGGAAACGUCCAGUUUUGUUUUAAAGUUCAAGAAGACAACUACUUUGAGUUGAGUGUGCCAUCCAAUUCCAAACAACAUCUUAACCACUUUUUUCUGCUUUAUCUUAUUGGGAUCUAAUAAAUUAGACUUUUUUGAAGUUUUUUUCUUGUAAUGUCUAAGACUUAAAAUUUUAAAAUGACUUGUUCCUGUUCCAUCCCUGUUUAUAUAAGUUUUUUUUUAAACAGUGUUUCUGUAUUACCAUAAUUUGAUGUAUAUAGCAUCCAAAUCCACUGAGAAAUUUAAUAUUUAUUAAUAACUUGAAAUCUCAUCUUCAUUUGGUAUAUAGUCUCACAUGUUAUAUUACACAAGAUUAAGAUAAAAAUCUUCAGAGCUCUUUAAAACUAUGUGAAGCAGGCAGCAGACUUUCAGAUAACUGUGGAAGUAACACAAGUAGAUUGACAUUUGAGUAAUAACCCCCUGGGGCCAUUUGAGUGGAUAGCCUCUUGUCUUAAGUGUAUUCCUCAUAGCAACAUGGAGGAGGCAAGAUCUAUGGGUCAAUAUGAUCCUAAUUACAUUUGAUUUUUAAAAACAAGAGACUCAGGGAAAAUACUAAACCAAAAUCUCUAAUCUGACUUUUUGUGUUUUGUUUUUCAUAGAUUCUACUUUGUUUUAUUAAAUGCUUUAAUAAAGGAAAAUGAUACUGUGACUGUUAAUCUACAAAUUUGUUACUAUUUCUCCAUUAUGGUCUUUCAUUUCCAAGUUUCGGAAGUCUGAAUUGAAUUAUAAUUUUUACCCGUUCAAUCUCAAAUGUGUAUAUCUGCUUUAAAUAUAUGAGCAAAUUAUUAUAAAGUGCAAAG